UGUGGUUGUGAAGGAAAUAGGCGACGUCGUUUCGUGCUCCCUUUUAUACGAAUCUCGUGCAGAAGAACAGAAUACUAGACAUGAAUUCUUGGAGAGGGAGGAGGUUGGUUUGGUACUUGGUAGAGUAGUAAUCCAAUGCGUCCAGAAUCGAACUCAGCUGGAGCUGCAGAAUCUUCAUCAUCAUCAUCAUCAGCAGCAGCAGCAGCAGCUUCCGCUGCAUCAUCAUCUCCAUCUCCAUCUGGGAAGCGGAGCAGAGAUCCUGAAGAUGAGGUUUACCUCGACAAUUUCCACUCGCACAAGCGUUACCUCAGCGAGAUUAUGGCAUCCAGUUUGAAUGGACUGACAGUUGGAGAUCCACUCCCUGAGAAUCUCAUGGAAUCUCCAGCAAGGUCUGAGACCAUGUUUUAUCCAAGGGAUGAGAUGUCGUUACAAUAUUCACCCAUGUCAGAGGACUCGGAUGACUCUCGAUUUUGCGAGAACCCCAUAAAUACUUGCUCCUCCCAACCUGACAGUGUCCCCUCUAGUCCGGUCUCUCCAUAUAGGUACCAAAGACCACUUACUGGGUUUCCUUCCACUUGUUCAAGUACUUCACAGUCUUCACAUGGCUGCACCGUCACUAAUUUUAACUGCUCGCAGCCUCGUCAACGAGGCUCUGAUUCAGAGGGACGAUUCCCAUCAUCACCUAGUGACAUUUGUCACUCUGCUGACUUGAGGAGGGCUGCACUCUUACGGUCCGUGCAGAUGAGAACACAGCCAUUUGCCCCACCUUCUGAUGACAUGGCAUUUAGCUCCGUGCAAGAGCCUGUAUCCUAUAUGAAGUCUUUAGUUGAUGAGAGGGAAUAUCCAAUUGCAGAGUGUUCUUCUAUGGGUAUCUCAGAGCCUGAUUUUAAACAAGAGAAAUCAUGCAGGAUGUUGGAUAUGGAUGAGAAAGGAAAUCAUUCUGCAGAUUAAGUUCUUCAAUGAUGUUCAGAGAGAUAUUGCUCGAUUUGUAGAAUCUUGAGUGCAAGGUGAGCAUUUAUUAGGUUUAUCCUAGUUGCAUAUGAAGAGAAAGGCCAUGCAUGAAUCAGAUUUUCAUUGCGUUCUGUCUGGUACAUUUUCUGCAGUCAAAUGUAAAAGAAGUUGCAUUGUUUAGUCCCUUCCCUUAUGCUAGGGACAGCUUAACUAACGCACCUGAGAUUUUUGUAAAUUAUUCGUGUAAAUUGUUUGAUAUUGUUAACUUAACAUCGUCAAUUACAAA